AAGUCACAUGGGGAACUCCACCCUCUCCUCCCCGUGCGCAGCCACAGUUGUUGCGGAAAAACCCUCCGACGUCUUUUUGUGUUUUAAGCGAGGUGAUCUCAGAGCAGCUCCAACACUCGACACUGUGUGUGUGCAAGGGAGAGCAACAACAUGCUGACACUACCAGCACAGCGAACUAAGAUGGAUUUAUCGCAGCCGAUGGUGAUGGUGUGCGCUUUUCUGGCGCUGACCGCUGCCGAGCCCUUAUGUGACCCCAGGAGUCAGUAUGCGUCAGAUACUGGUUCUGGUGAAUGCUGCAAACUGUGUGAACCAGGGACCUACAUGAGGACUAUGAGCACUUGUCAGGAACCCCAGUGUGUGCCAUGCAGGAGCAGUGAAUACCAAGAUAAAUACACAAAGGAAGACAAAUGUAUAAAGCAGCCGUACUGUGACGCAAAUCUGCACUUUCAGGCUCCCGUCAAUGUGAGGACAAAAAAGAGCAUCUGCCAGUGUAAAGAGGGAUUUCACUGCUCCACUGCAGAGUGUACAACCUGUGUGCCGCACAAAACCUGUGAACCAGGAUUUGGGGUUCAGUCCAAAGGCAAUCAUACGCAUGACACAGUGUGUCAGGCGUGCCCUAAAGGGACGUUUUCUGAUGAGAGCUCGUGGAACGCCGCCUGUAAGGAGUGGACGCAAUGUGGCUAUGGACAACAGCAAAUUCAACACGGAACAGAAACAUCUGACAACAUCUGUGAGGGAACCUCACGCACACAUGUGAUUGUGAUCUGUGUGGUUGUUGUUGGGAUCAUAUUAAUAGCGAUAUCUGGAUUCAUGUAUUGGAACUGCAAAGUGAAACGAGGCAAUGCCAAAGGAUGUUUAAAGGGCUGUGUUGAAUGGUGUGUGGGAGGAGAACACGAGCCACUGGCCACUGAGUCCAAACUAGUAACAACCCCAACUAGUGACGAAGAGUCCACGAUGCCUGAGCCGCUGUCCUCGCAGGAGGAGGGUUUCGGGAGGACGCCGGAGGAGAAUGAGGACGAGCUAGCGAGUCAGGAGAUGUCAACAGACGUGCUUUUAACCGAUAAAGGGAGAAUCCUGACACAGGAGAACGGGAAAACGGAAAUCCUCUCCCGACAGGAAUCACAAACACAAACGUAUAGUGCAUAGGCUGGAAAAGUUCAUCCAGGGAGCUGGAGCCUAUCGCAGCUGAUUUAGCCUGAAAUGUCUCUGACACUGAGACUAUCCAGGUGGAUUCAUGGACUAAACUCUGAUACUCUACCUGCUGUGUGCUGGCUUUGUUUAUUUCAUGUACCCAGCUACUAAAUCUGUGUUGAGCCACAGCGCCUGAUCCUGUCAAGAGGCGGGCUACACCCUGGACAAGUCGCCAUGGAGACAAACAACCAUUCAAACCACCGAUUUAGAGCCGCCGAUUAAGUUACCCAAUAAUUAUUGAGUGCAUGUCUUUGGACUGCUCGAGUACCACACUUACCCCAGCCGAGUCCAAACCAGGAACCUGUUUUGCUGGUUUGAACCAGCUGAGGUGCUUUGAGUGCAAACCCCUGCACCACUGUGCUUCCCAUGGAUGUGUAUAAUGUGUAAUUAAUAAGGAUGUAACGAUGCAUCGGACACGAUUAAAAAUCUGUUCAAAUGAGUGACGAUUCUCACCGGUUGACAGAAACAAUGAAUCGCGAUUCUUGGCGAAUGCGAGAGAAGUAGGAUAUGUUCUUUUUCUUCUUUU